CGCGAAGAGGAGCCAGCUUGUCGAGGCUCGGUGUCGGCGAACGCGCGGGAGGAUCACCAUCCCGGUGAGCAGCAGCGCACCGGGUUCGAGCUCCCCCACCCCACCGGCGGGGUGGAUUGCGGUCGUCACGCCGGCUGGAAAGCACGACGGAUUCCGGGACGCCAGGGAGGAGGACCCAUGGAGAGACGCGACUCUGCUGCUGCUGUUGCUGCUGCGUUGUCAUGGAGUACUUCAUGGAAAAGCUGCGAAUGUCCCGUUCUACCAAGGAUGAUGAGACCCCUCCCCCGUCGCCUUACGCGGACCAGGAGCGAAGGCCGUCGAGGCUCCUGGGCUGCCAGCUUCACUACCCGUCCCCAACCUUCAUCGACAGGGUACUUUUGGGCCGGUCGCUCAAGGUGCGGCGCACGGAAGGUGAAGGUGUGGCCGAGUUCAGCAACAGCGAGUUUGUUCAAGAGUGCCUACGCACGCACAACGAACUCAGGCUCCGGCACGAGGUGCCUCCGCUGCGGCUCUGCUCCAAGCUCUGUGACCUGGCGCAAUAUUGGGCCAACCACCUGGCCCACACGGACGACUUCUACUACCGGAAGUUCAGGGACGUCGGAGAGAACCUCUUCUGCCGCUGGUCUUACGUGCCGGACUUCGACGUCACAGGAGACCAAGUCGCCAGGUACUGGUACAGUGAGAUCAGGUACUACGACUUCCUGCUCGACCCGUCCAUACUCCACGUUCAGGCAGGUCACUUUAGCCAGAUGGUGUGGCGCAGCAGUACCACUUUCGGCGUAGGCAAGGCCCGCACGCGCUCGGGCAAGAUCAUCGUGGUCGCCAUGUACAAGCCGGCCGGCAACGUCCUGGGCGAGUUCCACCACAACGUGCUGCCCCAGCCGCCCGCCGACGAAGACGAAGGGAGCCUUUCGCCGCAGCUGAGCGACGUCGCCGCCGCAGCCUCCGCCGUCGCCGCCGCCGCUUCGUCUCCGUCGUCGUCUUCGUCUCAGUCCCCCCGAUGAGCCUCGUUUACCCUUGCGGAACCGUCGGCGGCCACCACCGCAAUAAGUCGUCCGCGGUGUCGAGGUUCAACUGAGACACCUCAUACAUAGAGUUUCCCUAUACGAAAAACUACCGGAGGGAAUUCCUACGGGAGCAGGCGGGAGUAUGACUGUUCAGCCAGUAUACGGGAAAUGAUGGGUAUACAUGGAUUUGCCUAAACUUCGUCUCUCUGGCUAUAAAUGGCUUUGCGACUUUGGGAAUAAAGUAUUGCGUCAAAAAUGAAAUAAGUCACAAUGAUUACGCAUGGGCGCAGAGUCUAUAAUUGCCUUCGUGCGUUUAGAAGAGCAUGAUUUGCUUGGAAAUUUAUAAAUGCAAAGCGCGAUACAUAACCCGACAAUAACGUCGGAAGUCACAAGCCGGAAGAUAAGACAAAUCCACGCCCUAACCACCAUUCCCACGGUAUAGCUGAGCGAUCGCAGCGCCUCAGUUUCCUCUAGUAAUUUUUGCGGGAAACACCACACGACUCCAUCAUGAGCUUCGCGAAAGCGCCGUGCCGCCCAGUUCUCUGCACGCUGGGUGGACUGUGUACAUACUAUAUGGCGUUGCUUGGAGCACGUUCCUCGCGGUUUUAUCGUCGCUACCGAAGCUGCGUCAGCGCGUGCGCUAUUAUAA